AUGGAGUUCGUGGAUGCGAUAGGAGAGCUUAAAGCCCUUCCGGAGGGCACCCAUCUCCUUUGCCCGCGCCAGCACGACGAAGAUUACGGCCGAUACGAUGACUUAGAACAUGUCGAUGAACAAGGGAAGAGUGUCAAAGAGCAGGUGGCUGAGGCAACUGCACGAAAAGAGAAAUUCCUCUCUUGCAUGCGCAUACUUGCAUACAAUGCGGAUGGCAUCGAAGAACUCCAGACUUGGGUUUUAACGAAACUCGACGAAAACCUGGAGAAAUGCGACCUCUGUAUCAAACAAUACUACACGGGGAAAAUUUGGCUCAUGGAUCAGCUUAAGAUGGACUACCAGGACGAGGAUAUCGAGGCUUUUUUUCAACGGGUCGAUGAGUGGGAUGUCAAGCGGAUUACGCGGAACUUGAAUACGGCCACAAAACAAUUAAAAAGUGUCCCCCCGCAGCAGAUCGCGCUGGAUGUUUUGGAAAGGGCGGCCUUGCUUUCUAUAUUUGAGACUCUGAGUUGCGAGGCUAUGCUGCGCAGUGAUAGUCUCUUGACAAAACAUUUCGAUGAGCCUUUCAAACUCAUCCAAACAAAACGGACGUUGAAGAUCUCUGAUUAUGUACCGGCUGUCACCCGUUUCCUUUUCGAUUCAAGCGAACUCCGCCACUACUGGGCUAUCUCCACCUGGACGCGAUAUGGAAGACCUCCAACGGCGCUGGAAUUCGACUGGGCGAUUCGCGAUGGUCUUCUCAGUGCAUUGCAAGCAGGUUCCAUGCAGCCGCCACAGCUCACCGUUAUUCAACGUCUUUGGCGUGGCAUGCAAUUGAUUGUCAAAAAACUCGACAAAGAGCAAAUUACUCACAACCUUCGCGGGCUUGACAUCGAUCCUCUCCGUCUCUCGGUAGAUCAUUUGAGCUUUCCGAUGCCGGGACUGCGAUUCCUCUUGAACACUAUUCAAACCUUCCUCGAGAAGGCCCCCGUCGAUUUCUGGGAUGCUAUGCAGACAAUUUCCCCGCAAGCUCUCAUGGAACACACUUUCUUCAACACACAAUUCAACACUUUCCUCAUGCAAACCACCGAAGGCGAGCCUUAUGAGAAAUCAGCAAUGAAGGACAUGCUUUCAUGGAUCGAUCCAUUCUUAGCUUCUUUGAAACCUGCUCACUCACCGGCCGCCUCCCGCUUCCUCGCAUUGCAAUUAUUAAGACGCCUGCAAGAUCCACAAUAUCCCCAAUUAACCCGAUAUCACUGUUUCCAUGUUGGACUUACGAGUCUGCUUCAUACCCUCCGUCGAUUUACCGACAAUGAAUCUUCACGGAGCUCGGUGGAUCAUAUUGUGCUGGAGACUACCAUGGGUGUGCUCAGUGAUAUCAUUGAAGUCAUCUUGAACACGCCUAAAUUUGCUAUUGAGCAGAGCCGACAACAGGAGAUCGUUGACUUUUGCAUGGAUGUUGUUCGCAACACUCUUGCCCUGGAGUGUCAGUCCUUGAAAAGUGACUACGAAGUAAUUCUCAAGCAUGGAACUCUCUCUCAUAGAGUCUCAACUUAUUCCCCGCCGAUAUGGGGUGCGGUUGUCAAACAUCUUCACCAGGAUAAUCCCGCUCUUUCGAAGGCAGCCUUGCUCGGAAUCCUGCCCCUCGUUGGCCUGGAAAAAUUCCCGAUGAAAGGCGAGGAAAAGCAGAAGGGUACCUUCAAUGAAACAUACGAUAACCUCACCCGCCUCUCCUGCCAGAUCAUCGAACGCCUCGCGGAAUUCAGGCCAGACCACCUCGAAUCGCUCUUUAAAAGCCAGGAUACUAGCAGUGCUCUUAUCUCGACACUCUUCGCCGCCGAUGUGCAUACCUACCAAGCAUCUGUCGAUUUGAUCAAGAACUUCAGCGGCCACUCGGCUCGCCGGGACGCCAUUUCCUAUCUGCUACAAAAGACAUUCGUGACAACUAUGUACGGACUGAGUUGGUCGUUCCGCCGAAUCUCCAAUAUGAAAACCUUCGCACCCGCUCCGCGGAUGCUCCACACUGGUACAGAUAUCGUAGAGAUUCUGUGUAAUAGCCAGACUGGUAUGCUGCGUACACGCAAUCUUGUCGACCGUCGCGAGGUGUUGUCCUUGCAAAAACUUUGGGAAUUCCUGUGGCAGGCGUUGACUACUAUCUUCAAUGAGACCGAGGCUUGGCAUCUUCGGGGAAAUGACAAAUCUGUAAUGCUUGAGUUCUGUCGAGACACGAUCCAGUUCGCCGACUUCCUGUUUGACCAGUAUGGUGUCUUCCUUGGUGCAGUGGGAGAUGCCGAUCCUGGUCAAAAGUCGGUGUCGGAGAACUUCCUGAAGCCUCCCACUGUUACCAUGAGUGCAAUGGUGAAAUGGUUGAGGCUCAAGGAUGAGUAUCUUGCUACUACUUUGGUUGGUCUGGUCUCUAAGCUCUUGCGAAGACUGAGUAACUUGGAUGUCACUACCGUUCGUCCGGACGCGUUGGAGUUCAUCGAGGGCGUGUCUGUUAAUGGGACUAUUCGUACUAUCCUGACUACACGUGACAAGGCCGAGCUGGUUCGCUCAUUGGAGGCAUACUAUAAGAAGCCUGUUGUUACAGCAUCCACCGCUGCCUUGAAAAAGCAAAGCUCUAUCACGGCAUUUGCCAAAUCGUCGGACCGCUCAAGCCCGUUAUCUCGCUCGGCUAGUGCCCUCCCGAGUGAUGAUGACUUCGACGAUAUUCCCGAUAGCGAGCUUCUGGAUCUUUCUCGUUCCGUGGAGCUCAACAAAAAUCGGGUGGCGGCUGAGGCUAAACGUAAAGCAGCUCUGCAAGCUGGAAAGUCCUCGUUGGUUGCUCCUAGAGUGCGACCUGGCACUAUUUCCCAACAGGUUUCUGCGCAGCGCCCGAAAGACGAUGCUCGCAGUGUCUUGUCGUUCCGUGAGAAGCGUGACCGCGAGAAAGAAGCCAAGAAGAAACGUGAUCUGGAAAUUGCUGCGCGGUUGAAGAAGAAUCUUCCGGCGCGCGGUGUUGCGGAGCUGACAGCCGAGCAGGGCUCAGGCCUGAAAGGUAUCGGUGUCAAGGGCAAAGACCAUGCCAUCCCCGCCGAGAGUAUGAUGGUAUCUUCUGGCGAAGAUUCAGAUUCAGAGAGCGAAGAUGAAUUGGACAAGGAGCUGUUUGGCGCAAAGUCGAAGAAGCCUGAUGCGGUGGCCGCCUAUGAGCUAAGCAAGAAGCAGUCACUGCAACAUCAACCUGUCAAGAAGACCAAGCGCCAUCGUUCGAUCAAAGAUAUGCGUGCUCGCCUGGCACCCGAUCUUUCCAGUCUCCACCACUCAAUCCUUUCCUGGGAUUUCUUCUCAACCGGCGAUCUCCCCUCUUCAUCUGGUCGCUCCGAUUAUACUCUGGUCUCCAAUACCUUCCGCACCUCCACCGAGUACCAGAGUACAUUCGAGCCUUUGUUGAUCCUUGAGGCCUGGCAGGGUUUCCAACAGGCUAAAGAGGAAGGUUCUUUCCGUCCCUUUGAAGUGAAGAUCAUGUCCCGCUUGACUGUUGAUGCAUGGAUUGAGUUCAGUACGCAACCGGUUGGAAUGCCUCUGAAAGACUUCAGCAUGGGUGAAGGCGACCUCGUAUUAUUCUCCAGCUCGUCUAACCCCACCGGGGACCCUGAUGCCGGACAUGUACUUGCGCGUGUGGCUGGUAUCAAUCGUAAAGGCGGCAAGCAAGAAGUCACGUAUCGGAUGAACAUUGGAAAUAGCAAAUUCCAUGCCUCUUUCGGCACGGGUUCAACAUCUUGGGCUACCAAGAUCACCUCUUUGAUCCCCGUAGAGCGAGAGUAUGGUGCCCUUAUGGCUCUGCAGUUCUAUGAUCUGUGCGACGAGGUUGUUCAAGCCAAGCCUUCACCUAUUCUUCCAUACGGAGAUGCUAAGCUGGAUCCAUUGAUGAAGAACUACUCUGUCAACCGUGCCCAGGCUAGGGCUAUCAGGCACGCCAUGGACAACGAUGGAUUUUCUCUGAUCCAGGGUCCCCCCGGUUCUGGAAAAACAAAAACUAUCACAGCUCUUGUUGGAAGUCUUUUGACAAACGUGCUUGGAAAAACCUCUGUUUCAAUCGGACCUGGAUACCAUGCCAACCAACCCAAAGUACCAGGGAAGAAGAUUCUGAUCUGUGCACCGAGUAACGCUGCCGUUGACGAGUUGGUCAUGCGUUUGAAGGAAGGCGUCAAGACGGCUAAUGGCAAUCAUGAAAAGCUCUCGGUCGUUCGUUUGGGACGAAGCGAUGCCAUCAAUUCCAAAGUUCUCGAUGUCACUCUCGACGAGAUGGUGAAUGCACGCCUUAACAAGAGCACCAGCUCUAGCAAUGGUGUUGACAUGCAGAAGCUUUACGAAGAGCACAAGGCUACUGAUACUCGUUUCAAAGAGAUCCGUACUUCCUUGGACGAGUGUAGGGCCAAGGGUCUGCCUGCUCCGGAGGAACUCGAGCGCGAUUUCGAGUUGACGAAGAAGAAAAGGUCUCAACUCAGUACGGAUAUCGACAAAGCUCGAGACCAACUUCACACCCAAACCCGAAACGCAGAGCUCAACAAGCGACGUGCCCAACAAGAAGUCAUCGACGGUGCACAUGCUAUCUGUACCACUCUCAGUGGUUCCGGCCACGAAAUAUUCCAGGGUAUGAACGUCGAAUUCGAGACUGUCAUUAUCGAUGAGGCGGCCCAGUGUAUUGAGCUGAGCGCGCUCAUUCCGCUGAAGUAUGGCUGUUCCAAGUGUAUUUUGGUCGGUGAUCCCAAACAAUUGCCUCCUACUGUUCUCUCGAAGAUGGCUUCUUCAUUCCAGUACGAACAAAGUCUUUUCGUUCGUAUGCAGAAGAAUCAUCCGAAGGACGUACAUUUGCUGGAUGUUCAGUAUCGUAUGCAUCCAGAAAUCAGCCGCUUCCCCAGUCUUACGUUCUAUGAUGGCAAGCUUGAGGAUGGCCCCGACAUGGCGAAGCUUCGAAGACGCCCAUGGCAUCAAAGUGAUCUGCUGAGUCCCUAUCGUUUCUUCGACGUUCAAGGCAUGCAGUCGAGUGCCACUAAAGGCCACUCGUUGAUUAACUACGCCGAAGUGCGAGUAUCAAUGCUACUAUACGAACGACUCAUUACGGAUGUGAAGAGCUACGACUUUGCAGGCAAGAUCGGUAUCAUUACCCCGUACAAGGGCCAACUCAGAGAAAUGAAGAAUCAGUUCGCUGCUAGAUACGGCGAGGAAAUUCUUACCAAAGUCGACUUCAAUACUACCGAUGCCUUCCAAGGUCGGGAAGCUGAAGUCAUCAUCUUCUCUUGUGUUCGCGCUUCGAACAAAGGCAUCGGUUUCUUGGCCGAUAUCCGUCGUAUGAACGUCGGUUUGACUCGUGCCAAAUCUUCGCUCUGGGUGCUUGGUAACUCGCAAGCCCUUCAGCAAGGACAGUUCUGGAAUGGCCUCAUCCAGGACGCGCGUGGGCGUCAGGUGUAUACAGAAGGCAACAUUGUUCAGAUGCUCGAGCGACCACAAUUUACUGGCUACCAAGAAGUGGAGAUGGUUGAUGUUGAUUCGCCCAUAGCAGCGCCUUCGGUCGAAACUCCUGAUUCGGUGAAAGCAGAAUCACCAGCGCCGCCUAUAUCCCGACAAUCCUCGGUGGCUGCUGUACCGGCUUCUCGUUCUGUGUCGAUGUCGGUACCCAGCCGAGAUGCUCCGAACGCACCGCCUGAAGGGCCGUCGGGUGGGAGAAUGGGUCUGGAUACCACGAAGAACUGUGGAGUUUGCGGUAGUAAUGAUCAUUUUACCUACAACUGCGACAACACCGAAGCUCAAGAGGCGUCGCGUGGCACGUGCUUCCGAUGUGGAGAGUCCGGUCACUCGAGAGUUCGAUGCACUGCUGAGCUCUGUCUUCAGUGUGGUCAAAUUGGUCACUUGAGUUCUCAGUGCAAAGCACCGCCCAACACGCUCUCUAAGAUCGAAAGGUCGAAGCUACAGCAUCAGCAACGCAAGUUUGAGGACCUCCGGAAACAGAACGCUGAGCGUCAGCAGCAACGUCAAGUUGCCAGAAUCAAUCCCCAGGUACCUACCGUGAAAGCAACGACUGAAAAUCCAGUUAAAAAGGAGGAGAACCCGCACCAGAACCAGCGCCAGCAUCAGCAGCAGAAUCAGUAUCGCAAUCAACACCGGAACGAGAAUCAGAACCCAAAUAAUUCUGCUCACCAACAAAAGCGCAAGCGCAAUGACUCGGCACCCGAUGCUCCACAGGCAAUGCGACAACGCACCGAUGCUCCGGAUGCGCCUAAGGGUCCCAAAGGCCCCAAAGGCAAAGGCUCCAAAGGAACGACGGGUUCUAAUGUUCCGACUGGACCUCGGAAUCCGGUUCCACCAAGCGAUCUCAUCAAACCUUCCCGCGAUGGGCCAGCAUAUGCACCGACAGGCAAGCCACCAGCACCGGCAAUCCGGGCCCCAAGUGGGCCGUCGGCUGGCAGAGCCGGAGAGGCCCCGCCGAAACCACGGCCACCGAUGAUGCGAAAGAAGAAAGACGCAGACCCAUUCAUUCGACCCAAACAGCGACGCAAAUAG